AUGCCCAGCUUGGCUCUAGUCGCCAACCACGCCGCCAAGGAAGCAGGUCUUCCCAUGGACACGAAUCACGAUCAACACCACAGUCCUUUACCACAGUCGCAAUGGUCGGAAGUGCCUCUGCCGUAUCGGCCGAGAGAUUGGGUCGACGAGUCGGAUCGACUGCAGCCGUACAAUAGCCAACAAGAGCGAGACUGGCGUCUUCGACCAGCCGUGUCCAACGACAGACAAGCACAACCAGGAGCACCUACACCAUUGAAGACACGUCGGCGACCACAAAGUCAGCUAGAACUGCCGAAUCAUAAUGAUCCAUCAUUACUCCAACCAGAGAUAAGCGCUCGUGCAGACCGCUUCCGAGGGUAUCAAACAAGGCGAGCAGUCAGCCAGCCCAACUCACCUCCUUCCUUCCAACAGCAAUUCGCAGAAGCCGAGCCUCCUAUGCUAGGCAUACCACGAUCACCGACAUACCCUCCUGCCGGCCGAAGAAGGAUGCACAGCACAUCUGGGGUGACAGAUGCUGCUUUCGAUGAUGAAGCAGAGUUUCGACUAUUUGUCGAUGCGACCGCCGGACUGGGUCCGCAUACUGCGUUCAGACCAUCGGUAUCAACAUUGGGUAUCUCACGUUCCCGCGCCCACGAUCAAUCAGCUUCGCCCAUUGCCAGUUCACCCUCUACAAUGCUGGCCCUCGCCCACCUAGCGCAAAUGCCACAAGCAGGACGAACAUUCGAAUCUCACCCACGGCAGGUACUUCAGGCAGUAAAUGCAGGCGUGGAUCUGUGGUCCGAGCCACCGACACGGUCGCAGCCCGCCAUGCCAUUGAGUCCACUAGAUGGCGACGAAGAAGACGAUGAUGACCUGCCACCUCCCGAUGAUGAAUUGCCAAAUUAUGCGGAGAGCCAGGCGCAGGCACAGGCUGGACAGCGGGCAGAGGCGGCACGGAGGGCACAAGAGUUGCAGAGAAGGUGGCAGGCAAGGUCGUGA